UUUAAUAAUUUUGACAGCUAAUAUGAUAUAAAGGGAGUGAGUAUUAGAAUAAAUUUUUUUUUACUAAUUGCUUAUUUUGUUGUUAACCUUAUAGGAAAAUCAGAAGGAUGAGGUCCCUGUUAAUGUAACUAAGAGCACAACAAUACCAAAAAGAUACAGCAUAAUAGAGAAAUUGGAAGAAGGACUUGCAAGAUCUAGAGCUGCAAUAUUAUUAUUAAGAGAAAACAAAAAUGUGACUAAUAAUAAUAAUAAUAAUAAUAAUCAAAAAGAAGAAGAUGAUGAUGAGUAUAUCCCCCAUGGUCCUAUGUACUUGAAUGCUACUGCUUUCCACAGGAGCUAUUUGGAAAUGGAGAAAAAAUUAAAGGUAUAUGUGUACAAAGAAGGGGAACCUCCAGUGUAUCAUUUUGGUCCAUGUAAACAUACAUAUGCUAUUGAAGGUUAUUUUAUUCAAGCAAUGGAAGUUAGCAAAUUCAGAACACAAGAUCCAAACAAAGCUCAUGUUUACUUCCUCCCAUUAAGUAUUACAAUGUUAAUUCAAUUUAUAUAUGUGGCUGAUUCACAUGAAUGGGGUCUUAUGAAGAAUACUGCAAUGGAUUAUGUUAAUGUCAUUUCUCAAAAGUAUCCUUAUUGGAAUAGAAGUCUUGGUGCUGACCAUUUUAUGCUUGCUUGUCAUGAUUGG